AUGCCCAACGGAGGCUGCGGGUGCUGCGGUGGCAACAACAACAACAGCUACACCGUCUGCUGCUACAGCAGCCCGAGGUGCUGCAAGACGCCGUGCUGCUACCCAUCGCAGUACUGCUGCCCCACGCCCUGCUGCAUGCCCAUGACCUGCUGCUACACCAUGAGCAACAACAACAACAACAGUGGCUGCUGCGGCUGUGGCAACUAA